CUCACUGUUAUCAAAAUUGGGAAAACUGUAUCAGCCCCAUAGUGUCAAUUAUUUUGCUUUGGUAUUUCCGAGUUCAAUAGGAGUGUGUGAUUAAUGAUUAUUGAUUUAUUCAAUUUAUUGAUUUGUAUCUUUAUCGGCAAAAAUCGAUAGACAUUAAAUUUACAUUAUUAAUUUGUUGACGAAACAUGAUAUGUAAGAUGCCGAUAGCUGAAGAAACGUUGUCUAUAUCUGAUGUAAUUGUUCAACUCCAAGACUACAGUCCCACUAUACCUGAUUCUAUUACGUCAUCUAUAUGCUCAGAAGCUGGAUUCGAAACUAACGACCCUAGAAUAGUUCGCUUGAUAUCAAUUGCUUCUCAGAAAUUUAUUGCUGAUAUUGCCAACGAUGCAUUGCAACAUUGUAAAGUGCGUUUGGCUACCUUGCCAACUAAAUCUGGAAAAGUUCCUAAAGACCGUAAAUUCACAUUAACCAUGGAAGAUUUAGCACCAGCACUCAACGAAUAUGGAAUUAUUGUUCGAAAGCCUCCAUAUUUUGUCUAAGUUUUCUAUUUAUUUGUACUUAAUUAAAAAUAUUCUACUCAUCA